AUGGUUUUGGCUAUUUUCUAUGAUGUUGAUCCUUCUGAGCUACAAGAGGUUAACCAGACACCUCUAGAUGUUGCUUGGAACUCAGUUGGAGUAGAUUCUCGUGUAAAAAAUAUAGAGUUGUUAUUGCAAAAUGAAUGUGAAGAUGGAGUUCGCAUGAUUGGUAUUCACGGAGUUGGUUGCAUAGGGAAAACAACUCUAGCAAAAGCUAUUUACAAUCGAAUGUUUCGACUAUUCGAUAGUAGUUGCUUCCUUUCGGAUGUUAGAUCAGAAGCUGAAGAAUUUGGUCUUGUCAAGCUACAAGAGAAACUUCUUCAACAAGUACUCAAAAAUAAGGACAUCAAAGUUGGCAGUGUUGCUCAAGGCAUCAAUCUAAUCAAAGCAAGACUCGAGUCAAAGAAGGUUCUAAUUGUUCUUGAUGACGUGGACCACAAACCAAUUAGAAUCCUUAGCAAGAGAAAGAAGUUGGUUUGGUUCGGGUAG